AAUCGCACGGGUUGUUACAUCCCAUGUCGAGCACUUCUAGACUCAGGUUCUCAGGUGAACUUUGUUACCGGGCGCCUUGCAAAUCAAUUGAGUCUGGAGACAAAAAGGUAAGCACAUCAAUCUCUGGGGUUGGGGAAUCUAAUUUCAUAGCCGAAAGGGCUGUUGAUAUCAUCGCAAAAUCACACAGCGAUGAUUGCGUUCUCUCGUUUGAAGCCAUCGUCACCAACACGAUCACCGAUCCUCUGCACAAUUUCGAUCUCAACACAGACUCAUGGAACAUUCCGAAUAAUAUUAAGCUUGCCGACCCACUCUUUUUCAAGUCGCAACGUAUUGACGUCUUGUUGGGAGCAUCGUUAUUUUUUGAUCUAAUGUGUAUCGGCCAAAUUAGGUUGGCCAAUAACUUACCUAUACUAAAAAAAACCAGAUUAGGAUGGGUCGCUUCUGGUGGAGGACUUCAUUUCCAUAAGUCAUCCUCCUUGGUUGCAGUUCGCUCAGACUUAGAGGAGGAAGAAGCCGGUUUAGACGAUCUCAUUAAGCAGUUUUGGGAAGUUGAAGCCUGCUCAGCUCCACCCACACAAAUGCAAGAGGAAAUUGAUCGCGAGCUUCAUUUCCAACAAAAUCAUAUUCGACUCGAUUCUGGGGAAUAUGCUGUGCGGCUUCCAUUAAAGCAAAACGUCCAAGCUCUUGGUGAUUCAUACUUACUAGCCAAACAGCGCUUCAUGAGUUUGGAACGAGGGCUGCAGCACAAACAAGACGUUAAAAAACAGUAUUCGUCCUUCAUGAAGGAAUACGCCGAACUCAAGCACAUGUCUCCUGCGAACUUGGAGCCAACAACUCGUGCAUUCUUCCUGCCCCAUCAUUGUAUCCACAAGACGGAUAGCACAACAACAAAGUUGAGAGUUGUGUUGGAUGGCUCCGCAAAAUCAACAUCUGGUUAUUCUUUAAAUGACGUGCUUAUGGUUGGUCCAACGAUUCAGCCAAAGCUCUUCUUUACACUUUUGGGUUUUCGCCUUUGACGGGUGACAUCUGUAAGAUGUAUCGCUGCGUACGAGUUUUGGAGCCUGACAAGUACUUACAAUGUAUUUUGUGGCGGGAUGACCCUGAAGGAGAUCUAAAGGUAUACACGCUAGACACAGUCACGUAUGGUACCAGGCCUGCUGCAUUUCUAGCGACUCGACCCAUGCAUCAAUUGGCAAUAGAUGAAGAAGCAGAUUUUCCUCUUGGCUUGCUUAUCGGGCGUAGAAACUUUUAUGUCGACGACCUCAUCACUGGUGUAGACUCCGUGGAAGAAGUCGUGGAAAUUCAGCGUCAGACAGCACAGUUGCUGCGGAGAGGUAAUUUUCUACUUCGAAAAUGGUGCUCUGAUGCUCCUGAAGCUCUCGUCGCAGUACCUGAUUCUGAUUGUGAGCCACUUUUGCAGUUUCACGAUGGUACGCAUGUUACAAAAACUCUUGGCUUAGUCUGGGAUCCUAAAACAGACAACUUCAUAUUUUCGUUCGCACUCGCUCGCCUGAGAAAUAACAAUCACGUAACUAAGCGUAUCGCAUUGUCCAUAAUUUCUGGAUUUUACGAUCCAUUAGGACUCAUCGCUCCAGUUAUAACUCAGGCAAAAAUCUUCAUUCAAACCAUGUGGAAACAACAUAUACAUUGGGAUGAAAGUUUACCACAGCACUUACAUACAGUUUGGACUCAAUUCUGUGCUGAACUGGAAUUGGUAUCUAACUUCCAGUUUCCGCGAUUUGUAUUAAUUCCAAAUUCUUAUUUAGAGCUCCAUGGAUUUUGCUAUGCUAGUUUAGCCGCUUAUGGUGCAUGCGUGUAUGCACGAGCCCAGCAUAAUGACGUAGUUAAGACUCACUUGUUGUGCGCAAAAUCUCGAGUAGCGCCACUUAAGACUCUCUGUGCCGAAGCUUGAGUUGUGCGCGGCAUUGUUAUUAGCAGAGUUAUUAGAAGCGGUCAAGCAGGCACAAGAAUUUAACUGUGCCAUCCAUUGUUGGUCGGAUUCAACCGUAGUUUUAUCGUGGCUACGAGAAGAAUCUUCGAACUUUAACAUAUUUGUUUCAAACAGGGUAAGCCGUAUACAAACACUAAGUCACGGAAUGGUUUGGCUUCAUGUCCCGAUCGCUAUGAAUCCAGCUGACGUCUUGUCGCGAGGAGCAUCACCGAAGCAGCUUCUUAACUCAACGCUCUGGAAGAACGGCCCCUCUUUUCUACUCGGUAAUCAAACAGGUUGGCCUACAGCGCCUGGCUUUCUCACCGAGUUACCAGAACGACGACGCAUCGCUUUAGCCGCAACAACGCACCUUGAAGACAUUUCACUCAACUGCAGGUAUUUAAAUACAUUCAGCACGAUGCAGCGAGUAUUUGCUUAUGUCUCAAGAUUUGGGUUAAGAAAAGAUCCCAAAGGGCAUAGACCAUCAGGCGCGCUCACGCCUCAAGAUAUCAAAGGUGGAACUCAACUUUUAUUGCGCCUCAUUCAACAGAAAUAUUUCCCCAAGGAAUAUAAGGCAUUAAAGGUUGGAACAACUUGAAUCAUCUAGUACAAUGUAUUCACUUAAUCCGUUCAUGGACGAAUUUGGGCUCAUAAGGGUUGGUGGUCGGCUAGAAAAUGCUAUGCUAGAUUAUGAUGCACGUCACCCGAUAAUUUUGCCAGAGCGACAUCCGAUUGCAAUUGCAAUAAUUCAAUACUAUCAUGAAAAAUUCAUGCACGCUGGACCGCAAAGUUUAAUAGCUUCAAUACGAUUGCAAUUUUGGCCAAUUGGUGGGCGAAAGACAGUUAGCAGUGUCGUAAAUAAAUGUUUAAAGUGCUUUCGUCUUAAACCCAAAAUCGUCGAACCCAUCAUGGGUGAUUUGUCUCAGCACAGAGUACUGCCGGGAAAAACAUUUUCUACAACAGGCAUCGACUUCUGCGGGCCUUUCUAUUACAAAUCCGAAGUACGAAACAGAGGUCCAAUCAAGUGCUACGUUUGUGUUUUUAUUUGCUUUACAACAAAGGCCACCCACUUGGAAUUGGUAUGUGACUUAUCUACAGCAUCUUUUAUAGCUUCUCUCAAGAGAUUCAUCUCAACGCGUGGAAGGCCGAGCGUAAUUUGGUCAGAUAAUGCCACAAACUUUAUUGGGCCUAGAAAUGAGCUAGCUGAGCUAAAAAACUUAUUUUGGUCUACCCCUCACAUUCAAGCUGUUCAAAGACAAUGUGUUGAUGAUGGCAUUGAAUGGCGAUUUAUUUCCCCGCGAUUGCCCCAUUUUGGAGGUCUAUGGGAAGCUGCGGUGAAGGCUGCAAAAAAUCAUUUUCAUCGAGUUGUUGGACUCUCAACGCUCACAUUCGAAGAAAAAUCCUGAUGAUUUGGAAGUACUGACACCAGCCCAUUUCUUAAUUGGAGGGCCAUUCACCAGUUUUGCAGAGCCAGACGUUACGCAUCUGGAUAUUAGUCGACUAGAUCGAUGGCAGCGUUUGUCCUCUAUGCAGCAAACAUUUUGGAGAAAAUGGAGCACAUAUUACCUCACGAUACUGCAAGAGCGAAACAAGUGGCGUGCAAGUGUACCAAAUAUUCAGCAAGGGGUAAUGGUAUUAUCGUAAAGCGAGCCGUAAACAAGAUCGCACUCCUACCUAUUGACAGUGUUGAAGGUUUGAAACCUUCAACGGGGGAGGAUGUUAAGAUUCACUAAAUCGCAUGCCAUGAUGUUCACCCAAGGGUUAAGGAUAUCCGCUAGGUCAGCUUUUUGUUAUCUUUCUUAUCAACUCAUUCGUUGCUGCUGGUCCCUCAUUGCUAUGUUCUAGUAUGUAUGUGCAUAUGUACAUGUGUAUUCUUAUGUUCAAUGUGCGUAUGUAGCAAUAUGUAUGUAUUUAGGUGUUUGAGCCUUCGCUUAAACCACAUUUGAGAUUACCCCUUUCAAUGUUCACUGAGCAACCCUGCACCCUGGUGCAUGACUGCGGUAGUUGUCUAGGCGUUGUUGUAACAACCCUGUGUUUGUCUUUG